CGCAUCGCUGGAAACAACCGCGAAUGUUGUUGGCCGAACUGUGGACAAGCUGUGGAGCGUUGAUCAUCGGCAGUUCCUUUGAACGGUGAAUGCCGCUUUAAUAACCAGUCAACCACGCGAAGUAUUUCAUUAGAGGCCGGAGAUCCUGGUGGUGUUGGAGGGACAGGGACGAAGAAGGAUGGGCGUGUUGGCGUCGCGUGAUACGAAUCCACGAGUUUAGAGGAACCAGAAGCUUCCCUUUGACGCCGUUCUCUCGUCUGGCGAGAAAGGAAGUACGAUGUAGCACGAUUCCGCUACGACCAGAGGCUACGGAAAGUUUAAUAAGUGUCCGCUCGCUGUGACUACUACUUACACAUGUUCCGGUGUCAUCCCAUCGUCAACGGGGAUUUCUAUCGAUGUAACUGAGCUGUCUCCUUCAAGGAUAAAGGUUUCACCUUGAUCCAGGGAUGCAUCAGUCAAGAAGCAUCUCAUUCUCUGCCAGUUCGGUUAUCGAACGUUCGCCAGCGGCAAUAGAACGAGGGAGAUGUAGUCAGACAUCGACAUCGCUACAGUUUCAUCGACUUUGACGUAUUCCAAGUGUUUAGACUCGAUUCGAGUAGGUGUAGAUUCUAGAACGCUGAUAGAUGAAACACGAGAAUGACAAUAACGUCGAACAGAUAGAGAUAUAUCGACUAGAAUCUAGGUCGUUAAUAGAGUUACAAUGGAUACGACUGAAGAGACUACAUAAUCACAUAGAUGUCUGAAGCCUGAAAACCCGUCCAGUUUUUCCACUAAAAUCAAGCAAGCGGAGUUCAAAUGUGGCUCAACGUCAAUCGUUGGUUCUCCAUCGACGUGACAGUGACUUUUGGCAGAAUUUCCAACGGGUGGGUCGUGAUGCUCGACAGAUCGGUUUACGAAUCCAUUGCCUCCUCGAAACAGUCUCGUGCAUCCUGUUCUUUCCACUCUCCGCUGCCUCGAAGUGGAAUUUAUUUCCAAUCUGUAUUUCCAGCCUGUAGAAACGCGACCGGGGUGCUAGCUACGUAUGCACGGUCCGUAGGAACACGGAACUCGAUUCGACGAAAUAACACGUGGCUAGGGAUCAGCAGCCGGGGAUCAGCCUCACCUCUCACGAGAAUAGAUCUGCGAAACGUACUCUAAUUCUUCCUUCGGCUUGACGUUCCAUUCUUCGAAGAACGUCGAUAUUCUAACGACAGACAGAAAUGGUACUUCGAUAAAAUAUAGUACUGUAAUACAAGUGCAAAGACAAGUUAACACCAGACGAUACUCUCACAGUUGAAAGAACACAGUAACGACCUGAUUCGCAGUGGUUUUCGACUAAUUCAGUGGCGUGCUUAAAAAGCUUUCAGUGAGAAGACAGCGCGCACCGUUCGCGUGAAGUCAGUUGCAGCGCAAAAAGGGGGUGGAGCUGUAGAGACUAUGAUACCAGUUUGAUAACGUGGGUCAGAGACUCGGUGCACGGUCGCGAGCAGCUACGUCCGUGUCUGGCCCGGCCAGCCGUGUUCAUCCUUCUGGUAAGCAAGUCAGGUUGGUUGGACGAGAGUUCGAGGAGACUCGAAACAAGGAACGAACGAUCGAGAGAGUGGAAGAGAGAGAGAAGGCAGAAGUUGCAGACGAGGAAAGCAAGGAAUACACCGGGUCAGAGAGAAUGCAGAGAUUAUAGAGAGUCUGUACGUGUGUGUCAGGGUAAAGAAGAAGAGGGUCAACUGGGAAAGUAAGAGACAAAGAAGGAGCAAAAGGGAUUCGUAGGUGAAAAAAGAGAAGAAGAGAACAACGGACUGCAACGUGAACGUAGAAGUUAAAGAAGAGGAGGGGGUGGCGGAGGAAGAGGAAGAGGUGAGAGGACAAGCAGGCAAGUUUCCGUCUGUCCAAAGUGGAUGGGGGUGAAAAUGUUCGGAGUGUUGCUGGCAUGUGUCUGGCUGGUUGCCGGCUCCCCGUUACAUCCCUGGCCGCUAAUACCGCACAAAGCGAUCAUUCCUGGAUCGUACAUCAGACACUAUAGCGCCGUUUGGUACGACACGGCUGCUCUAAGGGAACAUCGCAGCAGAAGUCGUCGUGACACUUCAGCUUCCGGGCAUCCGGGAGACGCGACGCUGAAUCUACGUCUUCACGCUCUCGACAGGGUCUUUAAGAUGAGGCUUACGAGGGAUACGAGCUUAUUCGAUGAAAACGUGGUCUUCGAGGGAUCGAAUGGUCGACAAAUUGCGUUCGAUCCAUUGCACGCCUACAGCGGAACCCUUGAGGACGAUGAGAACUCGUCGGUACAUGGAAUCGUAACAGAAGAGGGACUGUUUGAUGGAACUAUCUUUACAGCAUCCGACGAAAUCUAUAUCGAACCAACCAGCAGAUAUGCUCCCCUCGUAUGCCAUCGGCAAGAUGGCGAAGAUAAAGAUACAACAGACGCUGUGCAUCACCAUACGAUCGCGUAUCGUUCCGUGGACGUGAAUGUCCCACGUAAUAAUGGGUAUCCAUGCGCCAGUGAGCUUUUGCGAGAGAACACGUUAAAUGAAUUAAGGACGAACAGGACGUGGAGUGGAUAUCUCGGGGACACAAUGCGGCCGCUUUAUCAACACCUGAACGAGGGGAACUCCCGCGCCAAACCGGGCUUCUAUCCGAAAGACGUUAGGAAGAAAGACCCCACGGCGAGCUCGCACAAUUUAGAGUUACUCGAUAGAUUGUACAGGGAACGAUAUUCUCGAGUGCUCCGCAAAAGGACGUCCGUGGAUCCGAAGAAAACCACUUGUAUGUUGUACCUGCAAGCGGAUCACACGUUCUUCAAUCAUUAUAAAUCUGAAGAGGCCAGUAUCGAGGUGAUGACUCGGCAUGUACAGCGUGUCAACUCAAUUUAUAGAUAUACAGAUUUCAAUCAGGAUGGCCAGCCAGACAAUAUUAGCUUCAUGAUAAAACGCAUUAAAGUUCAUAGUGACGAUGCACUGAACGAUCCAAGCUACAGAUUCACUGGAACUUACGGGGUUGAAGAAUUUCUUGAGCUGUUUUCCGAAGAGGACUAUGACGCGUUCUGUCUAUCGUACAUGUUCACGUACCGCGACUUUGAGAAGGGAACUUUGGGCUUGGCAUGGACUGGAGAUCUGAAAAAUGCUGGCGGAGUUUGCGAGAAAAACGGGCACUACAGGGGUAGCAUGAAAUCGUUGAACACCGGUAUAAUCACCCUCCUGAACUACGGCAAACACGUACCACCGACGGUUUCUCACGUCACCCUCGCACACGAGAUCGGUCACAACUUCGGAUCCCCUCACGAUCCGGACGAGUGUUCGCCCGGAGGAGAAGACGGAAAUUUCAUAAUGUUUGCCAGAGCCACCAGCGGGGACAAACGAAAUAACAAUCGCUUCAGUCCGUGCAGCUUGGUCUCCAUAAAUCCCGUUUUAAAUGCCAAGGCCCGUUCGUCCAAGGGAUGCUUCGCCGAGCCCCAAAAUGCCAUCUGCGGGAACGGCGUUGUGGAGGAUGGCGAAGAGUGUGAUUGCGGAUGGGAGGAGGACUGCAACGACCCCUGUUGCCACCCUCAACGGCUUCAUCAUGCCCCUCACGAGGUACCUUGUCGUCUUGCCGAUGGUGCAGUAUGCAGUCCCAGUCAGGGCCCUUGUUGCACAUCCGGCUGUACUCUGCGCAACGGCGAUAAGUGCAGGGACGACAACGGUUGCAGGGACGCGAGCUUUUGCGACGGCCGUGGUCCCCAGUGCCCGCCAUCCAUCAACAAGCCCAACAAGACCAUAUGCAACGAGGAAUUCGUCUGCUACAUGGGGGAAUGCACCGGCAGCAUUUGCCUGGCUUAUGGCUUGGAAUCCUGUCAGUGCAUCGCAGGGCCCGUGGAUCCCCCGACCAAAAGCUGCGAACUCUGUUGUAAAUUGCCAGGAGAGGAUCAACCGUGCCUAUCAUCGUUCGCAUGGAAUUCAGCGCCUUACGAUAUUCCUGAUAUGCUGUCGAAGCCAGGCACACCGUGCAACGAUUACAAUGGCUAUUGCGACGUCUUCCAAAGAUGUCGAGAGGUGGAUCCAAGCGGACCACUGGCAACUCUACGAAGACUUUUGUCGGACGCUACUCUGGCGAGUUUUCAACGCUGGAUGAUCAAUCGCUGGUACAUCGUUGCAGUAACCGUUGUUGUCUCGCUGUUAAUCGUGGCGCUCGUAACGUAUUCCCUGAGCAAACGACGCAACAGCCGCGUGAAAAUUCUGGCAAGCACAAGGGAUCAGCUACACGCGGUUUCCGAAGGGACGAACGCGAGCGACGAGCCGACAAGGGAGCGUUCGUCCGUGCGGAAGGUACAAUCUAUGGACAUUUCGUGGCUGAAAAGGAGGAUCGUCGAAACGAUGAAGAGCAUCGCGUCCCCGAGAAGGAAGAAGGACGCGUCCUCAGAGGCGGGCACGUUCCUCGCGCGGAUUUCUCGACUGUUGGCCAGAGAUUCGGCCGUUCGUAACUCCGAGGAGAAAUCUUCGAACGAAGCGGAACAGUUGUGUAGAAGCAACGUGGAUAAAACGAAGGAAGAAAGCAAGAAAAACGGAAGCAAACAAAAAGAUGAGAAUGAAAGAUUCAUGGUGGUAGUUUCGCCGGAGAAGGAGACCGACGUCUGGAGACGAGUCUGUCUGUUGUUCGUCGGAAGUCGCCGUAAUCGUGCAAGUUGCUCUCCAACACGAAGAAAAUCGAAUAGUGGCGAAUCGACGCGUGCACAACCUUGGAGAAAAACGGUUCAAGUCGAGAAACUGUGCACCGGUUCCAAGGUGAUCGUGAGUUCUUGUAGAAGAGGAGACAGGUAUCAAACGGAGCCUCUGGUGGCUCCUGACACUCCGGACACUCCUGGCGAGACUUCAGAGACGAGAAGUCAGACGUCGGAUUUGACUGUGUUGCUCUCUGACAGUUAGUUUCGAAGGAGGAAGUAUCGUGAAUUCUUACCUGAGAAUCUGAGUGUUUAUUUUCGUCUGGAACGCUCAUCCGCCAGUAUUUUCGUCUGUGGCAAACAUUUAUUUCGAUUUUACAGUUGAUUCUGCUAUUCCAACAAUCUUCGUGUUUUAAGUUUCCACUUUGGUUUCUCUGACGCACUGAAGCAGCUCCUGUGUAGUUUCCGAAAUUACGAACUGAAGGGUUGAGAACUGUAAGAAGAUACUUCUACAAUAAUUCAACAAGAAAUCAAAAAUGUUGAUGAGAAAUAGAUUUGAGAAACGACGUAUCUUUUUAAGUGUAAAUAUUGUACAGAAUCUUAUACCGCUAUCGUCGUAGACUACUUUUUAGAGUAAGGCCCACAAGGUUUGCGGAAUCGAAUGGAUUGUUGUAAUUCAUUUUAGUCAGAGAGCUCUUCACCUAGAAGCGGACCAAACGUAGAUGGAAGAUCGUCCAGCGCUGAACUUCGUAGACUCGUGUAUAUAAAAACAGAACGAUUGUUACUGUAUAAUAAAUCGUGCGUCACCGUUCAUUAUUAACCCGUAAUUAACUCAUCUGUGUUCCCAUCAUUCGUCGAUUAUGGAUAUUUCGUUAGCUUACGGCAUCCCUCGUUUCUUUCUCGAAACUCAAUUUAUCAUUCAAAAGCCAAGUUGAUCAGAUCUACUUCUUAUAAGUUUUUUAGUUUGUUUAUUCAUUUACGCGAUUAACGUUCAAUUUUCAAAAGACAAGCAAUGCGCUUCUAUAAAUUCCAUUAUUGCAAUGAAAUUGCAUACAUAAUUACAAAUUUCAAUGCAAAUUUUGAAAGUACUGCGUUUGGAGUCUCAUUACGCAAAUUCAUUUCUUUAUGAAUAUGAUUAAAGAAGUGAAACGAAAUUAAAGAUUCGUUUUAUCCACUAAAUAUUACAAUGAAUAUUAUAUUUUAAAUAUUUUACAUACAUGUAUUUUUGGUCUACUCGUUACUUUACUCGACUUUUCAACUUAUGAAGGUGGUUACUAUGGCUUCUGAGUGACACGUGUGUCAGACAUGCUUGACCUUUACUACUUGAAUCUAUUUCUGUUGAAUAAUACAUCGAACGUACACUAAAUCUAAGUAUGUAUCUAUUUAUUAUACGAUAAUAUCGCUUACUAAGAGGUUAUAAUUUGUUCGAUAAGAACUUCAAUGUUAAAUAUUUGACCAAUUUCUCCAAGGAUUUCGUAUCGCCAUAACUAAUUAUUUUGAGCAUAUUAUUAUAACAUCUCUGUAUGUUUAAACGAACGUUUCCUUAUUAUAGCUGACGUUAAUUAAAAUAAUAAUACAAAAGUUGAUUAUAAUUCUUACUGUACCUCCGCUUGAAAGAAAUGUAACAUACCUAAAUAUGUAAUAAAAAAAGAGAGUGAACGUUUGGAAAAACUUUCGUGUGAAUUAGUUAAAAUAAAAAUACGUUCGACUUUACCAACAAACUGUAAACAUGAAUUCAAACGUUAUCGACGUGUGAUUGUUCUAUUAAACUUCCCAUCUGCUGGUAACUUUUUAGAGUAUCAACAUUUUUGCAAGAAAUUCCUUGCCUAGCGAUUAAAUACUCAAAAUGAAAUAUGAAAAAGUGACAGUGAGUUAGAAGAAAAGCCUGAGAAUAAUUUAGAUAAUUUAUUAAUAUUCUAAACGCGAUUAUGUCAAAGUAUAAUGUUUAUAAAAUAUCAAAAUCAAAAUUGUAGUCGAUAUUAUUGUAAAAAUCGUCUAUGUAAAGCUUGAAAUAUGAUAAUUUUAUAUGUAAAACUAUAUCUGUGAAAGCAAAAUGGAAUAAUAGCAAAGUUAUCGACUGAAA